AUGCCGGCUCUGUCUCUGGAUCGUAAAACCAACCCAUUUUGGAAGCCAAGGCUGCAUAGUGGAGCAGGGAUAGGGGGGAUAGGGGCUGCCCCUAUCACCCCUACCCUAAACGACUACGAAGUUGGUGUGCGGCACGGAUUAGAACUCAUCAAUAUCCUCAAUGACGAUGGAACAAUAAAUGCCCAUGCGUGCGAGACAUUCCAGUUAGCAUUUUGGUUCCGCUGGGACAAUGAUAUUGACGGCUUGCUAGGAGAGGUUGUUAAAGUGCUCGUGAAGGCCGGCCUUUUCAUUGAGAUAAAAGACAAUGCAAUGCAAGUUCCCAUUUGCAGCAAAUCUGGAGACAACAUCGAGCCAAUACUGAAACCGCAGUGGUGGGUAAAUUAUAUACCACUUGCGGAAGAGGCAAUCAAGGUGCAAGAUUCGCAGGCACAUGACAAUCGCCGUGCCUCCAGCACUGAAACACACCGUGUCCGGUUUGUGUCCUCCAAUGUCCUUGGCGGAUUACCAUCAUUGACAAACGGGAAAGAUGUCGAUGUUAUCGCGCUGCAGGACGUCGAAAGCGAGGUAGAUAUUGGCGGAUGAGCGCAUGCUGACAGACAUGCUUGAGGAGUCGAUGCGGAGUCUUACAUUGGGGGAGCGGGUGAGUUGAAGGGUCGAAAGCUGUGAGGACUUUCAGAAGGCGAAAGAAGAGAUGAAAGAGAGUUCUCUGUCGGCUUAUAUACUGAUGGUGGAUGUUGCUUCUUCCACAUGGAUACAGUUAUUUGCUCUUGCCGAUGGAUGGUGGG